UUACAUUGUCAUGGUAUGCGAAAAGUAGUGCUCUAUACCAUAGUGAAUUUUACUUUGAAGCUUGAUUAAAAUAUGGAAAUAUAUUGGCAUUGAUUAGUACACAUGGUUAUGUAGUUAGUGAGGGAACACUAUUUUUUAGUUAACGAACAUUAAAGUGCACUGUGACAUCUAGUGGACUUCUUAAUGCAGCACUUUUGUAAUCUUGAGGAUGCAGUCAGUUUUAUUUGUAAUCAGUUACAGUACUGCAGACAGCUUCACGGGUACAGACACAGUAAGUGCAGAAAAUGGUCUAUGUGUAAGAAUGAAAGCUGUAUAAAUGAGCUUGAUUCAAGAGGGAUUUUACAGAGGAAAUCUAAAUGUCAAAAAAUAUGACUCUUUAGUUGCUCCUCCUGAGUGUCUUUUUAUUGGUUGUCUCGCCAUUACAUGUCUUCUCAAAAAAUAGAAAAGCUCAGCUGUAAAGAGUGCUGCACUUCACUUUGUCAGUGGUCUUUGGAAACCUGUGCCUCUCAGCAGUGAUGGUUUCCUUCUCGACUCGGACUACAUUAAAAAUAAUGCAAGUGAUGCAUGCAUCUUAUGAGUAAAUACAGCGUGAAACCUGAUUAAACCCGACCUUUGUGCAGUCUUCAGGAUCCAGCUGCUGCUGCCUGGCUCAUAUCACUGAAGCCAUGGGAAAACUAAAAGGACUGCUGCCUCUCUUUAUUUUAGCAUCAAGUUUCCUUGUAAGCAGUGCACAAAAAACAGUAUGCAAACAGGAAGCAUUGGCUGAUAUUGUCUUCCUGGUGGAUGGUUCUCAGAGUAUUGGCACAGAAAACUUCCAGAAGAUCCGUGACUUUCUUUUCACUUUGGUGAACAGUUUUGAUGUGAGUCCUGACAAGGUUCGAAUCGGCCUAGUGCAGUACAGUGAUUCACCCCACACUGAAUUCUACCUUAACAGCUUUGAAACCAAGCAGAAGAUUCUUGGCUACAUCACAACUCUCUCGUACCAAGCAGGUGGCACCAAGACUGGAUUAGGGUUAAGUUUCCUGCUGAAGCAGCACUUUGUGAAAGAAGCAGGAAGCCGUGCAGAAGAAGGAGUUCCUCAAAUUGCCGUGGUUAUCACAGAUGGAAAGUCACAGGACAAUGUAGAGCCACAUGCACAGGACCUGAAGCGCCAGGGAAUCAUUCUUUAUGCCAUUGGUAUUAAAGAUGCUGAUAUGGAGCAGCUGAAGGAAAUUGCCACUAAGCCACAUGAGCAGCACAUCUACAAUGUGUCUGAUUUCACAGCUUUGCAAGGAAUCUCCCAGAGUUUCAUCCAGCUGCUUUGUACAACAGUGGAGGAAGCUACACGUCAAGUGUCUCAGGUGCCACAAGGGUGCAAGGCUAAUUUGGCUGACAUUGUAUUCCUUGUGGAUAGCUCUGGUAGCAUUGGUGAUGCAGACUUCCUGAAGGUGAAGCAGUUUCUGCACACAUUCAUAGUGGGUCUUGAUAUUAGGCCUGAUAAAGUCAGAGUAGGAGUGGCACAGUUUAGUAAUGAACCUCGACAAGAGUUCCUGUUGGGGGAGUAUGCAGACAAGAAUGACCUGCUGGAGAAGGUAGACAAACUCACCUACCUGAGAGGAGGCACUGAAACAGGAAAAGCUCUCGACUUUAUCCUAAAUAAUUACUUCACAGAAUCAGGUGGCAGUCGGAUCAAUGAGAGUGUGCCACAGAUUGCUGUGGUGAUCACAGAUGGUGAAUCCACUGAUGACAUGGAGAUUCCAGCCAUGAAGCUACGGAGAAAGGGGGUGUUAAUCUUCACCAUUGGGGUUGGUGCAGCCAGCAUUACAGACCUGCAGUCCAUUGCUAACAAACCACAUCAGCGUUUUGUACUGAGUUUCACUGACUACGAGGAGCUGCUGAAAGCAACCACCAGCACAGUAGACAAAGUGUGUAUUUCUGUGGCAGCCCAGCAAGAAGCUCUAGCUCCAACAUAUGCAGAUGUGUUUGUGUUGGUGGACAGCUCAGUUGAGCAGACCCAAAAGGUGAUACAGUUACUUAGGCAUCUAGCCAAUCAACUUAACGUGUCGAGUACAUCUAAUCGGAUGGCUUUGGCUCAGUUUGCUGAAGAUGUUUCAGUGGAAUUUCGUUUUGACGCUUACAAAACUAAAAAUGAAGCACUUGUACUCAUCCGCAAAUUCCGACUCAGAGGCACUGGGCAGCGCAAACUUGGAAAGGCGAUGGAUUAUGUGCGCACUAACCUCCUCACCACUGCAGCAGGCAGCCGAAUUGCUCAGGGCUAUAAGCAGUACCUGCUGGUGGUAAGCAACGGAGAAUCAGAUGACAAUGUACUUAGAGCUGUUCGUGCAUUAAAGGAUGAGGAAGUGACUCUUGUCAACGUUGACCUAAGUGCAGAUCUAGAUUUUCCAGUCUUUUCACAACCUGGUCCAGCUCUUGGAUCUGUUACACCUGAUGUAUCUCCCAGGCUUGUUUCUCCACGGUUAUUUCAAAAAGUCUCUUCUGCAACUGGAGAUAUACAGCAAAUAUCAGACAAUGUUGUGACUAUCAUGGAUACUAAAGAUGAGUCUAUUGCAACUCAAGAAUGCAAGUCAUUGGCCGAUAUUGUGUUUAUUGUGGAUGUGUCAGACAGAACCACUACUCCAGACUUGGUCCGUGGUUUUCUCUGCCGCAUGAUUAGUGGCUUGCAUAUAGAGUCCAACAGUGUGCGUGUGGGAAUUGUGUUGUACAGUGAAACACCCACAGCUGAGUUUUACCUAAACACAUUUAAUAGCAAGUCUGAGAUUUUGCAGUACAUUAAACGAUUGCCAUUUGGGGGUGGGGAAUCCAAAAUUAGCAGGGCUCUGAAGUUUGCAAGAGAGAAGGUGUUUGCCAAAGAGAUGGGCAGCCGACGUGCCAUAGGGGUGCAGCAGAUUGCUGUGGUAAUAACAGAGGAGAAGUCCCUGGAUAGUGUCACAGCUGCCGAAGCUGCUAAGUUAAUACGCUCUGGAGUCCAGGUCUACGCUCUUGGACUCUCGAAUGAUAACGAGGAACAGCUGAAACAGAUUGCAUCUUAUCCUCCAGCAAAAUUUGUGUUCAGUCUCCAGAGCUUUUCUAAUCUUGGUAAAGUGGAAAAAAUAUUGAGGAAAACUGUAUGUCACAAUGUGGUCCAUUCAGCUGUUUUGAAGCCCAGGGAAUACGAUUUAAAGCAAGGAUGUGUUCAAACAGAACAAGCAGACAUCUAUUUCCUUAUUGACUCUUCCAGUAGUACCGAAAACAACAUUCAGGAGGUAAAGGCGUUCAUUCGAGAGUUUCUGUUGAUGUUUACUAUUGGACCAACACAGGUUCGUGUGGGUGUGGUGAAAUUUGCAGAGGAACCCACACUAGAAUUUAGCCUGACUACAUAUAAUGACAGGAUGUCUCUUGAAAGAGCUGUGAACAACAUUAAACAUGAUGGUGGAGACACAUUUAUAGGAAAAGCCCUGUCUACCAUGACACAAUACUUUGAGGAAGCUGAAAAGACACGGGGCACUAAGGUUCGCAAUAUUCUCAUUGUCAUAACUGAUGGAGAAUCUUGGGACAUGGUGAGCAAACCAGCAGCACAGUUAAGAGCACAGGGGGUGUCCACCUAUGCCAUUGGAGUGAAGGAUGCAAACAAGACAGAGCUUCUGCUGAUAGCAGGUGAACCAGAGAGGAUGUUCUUUGUCUCCAAUUUUCAUGCACUGACACACCUGAAGGAUGAAAUUGUUACUCAUAUUUGCUUAGAAGAGGCCUGCAAGAACAUGUGGGCAGAUGUCAUCUUUUUAAUUGAUGGCUCGGGAAACACUGGCCCUGAGGACUUCUCAAAGAUAAAGGAAUUCAUGAAUACUACAGUGUCCAAAUUUAAAAUUGACAAGAAUAGUGUACAGGUUGGAGUUGUGCAGUUCAGCUCAUACUCAAAUACUGAAUUUGCCCUCAACAAGUUUUCUGAUAAAAGCCAGAUGCAGCAGGCCAUUAAUGAAAUGCAGCAGCAGGAGCAGCCCAUUAAGAAUAUGAAGCAACUGGGAGAAGGCACUAAGACUGGGGCUGCACUCAAUUUCGUGUCAGAGUACUUUGAUCCACCAGAAGGGGGUCGUUCCAAUGCCCCACAGUUCCUCAUCAUGAUCACGAAUGGCAGGUCGAUGGAUGACGUUGCUCAGCCUGCACAAGCCCUCAGAAACAAGAGCAUUACAAUAUACUCCAUAGGCCUGAGUGACUCUAAUAGCACACAACUGAGAGAGAUCAGUGGGACUCAGGACAUUGUUUUUCUUGACAGAGAUGAUGAUAUAUUGAAUUUCUUAGAUAAAGUCCUCUUGCUCAAGAUCUGCAAAUCUGCUGACAAAUGCCAGAAGUCACAGGUGGCAGAUGUUGUCUUCUUAGUGGAUGGUUCCACCAGCAUUGAAUCUAAUAACUUUGAGCGUAUGAAGUUCUUCAUGAACUCAGUAGUGAACAAAACACAGGUUGGACAACACAAUGUCCGUAUUUGUACCAUUGUCUAUUCUAAUACAGCUAAGGUCCAUUUCCGCCUUAACCAACACUACAGCAAAGAAGAGGUGCAUAAAGCAAUCAGUGAUCUGGAAUAUCCCACUGGAGAUACCUACACAGCCCAGGCACUACGAUACUCACUGGACUACUUUGAUGAAGCCAAAGGUGGGAGAGGUGCAAAUGGUGUCCCACAGAUGCUGUUUGUCAUUACAGAUGGUGAGGCUACAGACCAAUAUUAUUUAAAGGAAGCUGCAGAUAAGCUGCACAAAUAUGGAAUUAGUAUUUAUGGCAUUGGAGUCGCAAAUGCAAGUAAAGAUGAGCUAGAGACGAUCACCAAAGACGAGAACAAGGUUUUCCAUGUUAACAACUUCCAAGCUUUGAUAGACCUGUGGCCAGACAUUUCUAAUGAGAUCUGCAAGAAAACAAAACCAGAGUGCCAGAAAGAGGCAGCUGAUUUGGUCAUUUUGAUUGAUGGUUCUGAAAAAACCCAAGGAGCUCUAUGGAGCAACAUGCAAAAUAUUACACUGGGCCUUGUAGACAAUCUUCGUAUAAAACAAGACCUCUUUAGAGUUGGUGUAGCCCAGUUUAGUUCAACAUACAGAAAGGAAUUUUACUUGAAUGAAUAUUACGAUGAAGAGGAUGUGAAAACGGCCAUAAAGAAAAUGACCCCAAUGAAAUCUAAGAGAAACAUUGGAGCUGCACUGAAUGAAGUACAAGAGUUCUUUAAAACUGAUAAAGGGAGCCGCAUUGAAGAAAGAAUUUCACAAAACCUGCUUCUGAUCACUGUCGGGACAUCGUCUGACAAUUUCACUGACGCAGCAGACGGGUUAAGAGCCAUGGGCAUUCAGAUGUUUGCAAUCGGAACAACUCCAAAAAUUGAAACUGAGCUCACUAGUAUUACUGGUUUACGGAGCAGCGUUUUUAUACUGGACAGCUUUGACCACCGCAUUCUGAAUCAUACAACACAAAUGUUGAUAAAUUCCAUUUGCACUUCUCCCUCAAGUGAUAUAAUAGCAGGUUGCACUGUAGAUAUUGGUAUUGGAUUUGAUAUCUCCCAUAGUAGUUCAAGCUCACAGUCACUCUUUAGUAGCCAAUAUAAGCUGCAAGCUGACCUGCCUGAGAUUGUCAGAUACAUCUCCACUCUACACAACUUGUGCUGUGUGCCCCAGCAGCCUGUUCUGCAAACUAACAUUGCUUUCCGUUUGGUUGCUAGUGAUGGCACGAUACUGUAUGACACUAGUUUUGAGCAUUACAAUGAACACAUAAUGAAGAAGGUGAUGGCAUUGCAGAUGACCCAGGGUGUGGCCUUCAAUACCCAGCUCCUGCGCUCUUUUCAGGAUAAGUUUGAAGGCUACAGAUCUGGUGUGAGGGUAGUGAUCAUUUUCACCGAUGGCUUGGAUGCAUCUGUUGAUGACCUCAUGGUUGCCUCAAACAAUCUAAGAAGAAGUGGAGUCCAUGCGCUGAUUCCAGUAGCUCUGGAAGGAGUCAGAAGCACCACAGACCUACAGAAGCUGCAGUUUGGACGAGGAUUUGACUACAAGGAGACUCUCAUGAUUGGCAUGCAAAAUAUAGCCACUGCCCUGCAGAAGCAGAUUGAUGCUGUGGCCUCAAGAGAGUGCUGUAACGUGAUUUGUAAAUGCACUGGUCAUGCUGGGUUGCGGGGACCUCAAGGAACUCCAGGGACAAAGGGCUCUCCUGGACAGGAAGGACAUCCUGGAUUUCCUGGAGAAGAAGGAGGACCUGGAGAGAGAGGGCUACCGGGUCUAAAUGGAACCCAGGGACAUAGAGGCUGCCCUGGGAAAAGAGGCGGAAAGGGUAACAGAGGCUACAAUGGUGAUAUAGGAGAACAUGGAGACUGUGGUUUGGAAGGACUAAAUGGAGAGCAGGGAGUAGUUGGAUUAGCUGGAGCCCCAGGACAGCGAGGGAGUCCAGGCAGCACAGGCAAGAAGGGUGUUAGAGGAAUACCAGGAGUCCCAGGACAAAAAGGACUGAGAGGAGAUCCGGGUGAGACAGGAACUGAUAACAACUUCCGUGGUCCUAAGGGUGAACCUGGGUACUCUGGCCUACAGGGUGACACAGGUCCAGAUGGCAAGCCAGGCAGGCCUGGAGAUACUGGCAAGCCUGGUCAAAAAGGAAGAAGAGGCAAUGCCGGUCUACCAGGUGCCAAUGGACCUCCAGGACAACCAGGACUACGAGGAACCUCUGGAGUUUCAGGGCCACUGGGAUCAGUGGGUCCUUCUGGUGCUCCCGGACAGAAAGGGAUACCUGGUUUUCCAGGACCUCAAGGACCACCUGGCACACAAGGAAACGCUGGAUCUAAAGGAAGUGUAGGACCCAGGGGAAAAAAGGGUCAGCCAGGAGAACCUGGAAAUAAAGGAGCAGCUGGGCCACGGGGCCCCAGAGGCCUUCCGGGAAAUGAUGGUCCAGAUGUAUUUGGGGUACCAGGACCUAAAGGACCGAAGGGAGAUCCUGGUUUUCCAGGACAUCCUGGAUUUCAGGGUGAACCUGGAGACCCUGGGCAAAAUGGUGCUAAUGGCCCUAAGGGUAUAAGAGGAAGAGGGGGAAAUACAGGCAGGCCAGGCGCACGGGGUAAUCCUGGUGAUGACGGACUACCUGGACACAGGGGCCAUAAAGGACCACCAGGAACCAGAGCAAUGUCUACUUGUCAACUGAUCAACUACGUACGAGACAACUGUGUCUGCUGUAAAGAUAAAGCAGCUUGCCCUGUCUAUCCCACUGAACUGGUGAUUGGUUUGGAUAUGUCUGAUGAUGUGACUCCUGCAGUAUUUGAGAGAAUGCGCUCAACUCUUCUUUCUCUGCUGGACAGCAUCGAUAUCACUGAAAGCAACUGUCCCACAGGGACACGAGUGGCUGUGGUUUCUUACAGUUCUAACACCAAGUACCUCAUACGUUUUUCUGACUAUCGUCGUAAAAAGGACUUGGUGGAAGCUGUGAAGAACAUCCCUCUGGAACGUACAUCCAACAGACGCAACAUUGGUGCAGCCAUGCGCUUUGUGGGUAGAAAUGUCUUCAAACGUAUUCGUCAGGGUGUUCUGAUCAGGAAGGUGGCGAUCUUCCUCAUCAGUGGUGAAGAGUCCAGGGAUGUGACAUCAUCUAGUGGGCAAUCUGAGGACAUGGCAUCCAUAACCACAGCUGUCCUAGAAUACAAGGCCAUGGAAAUCAACCUUGGUGUUUUUGCAUUUAGGAAUACUUUCAAUGUUAACAACAUUUUUGAGGCUAUAAGAAAGGCUGAUGAGACAGGAAGCUUUAUUUUAUCUGUGCUGGAGGGACAACGUGCACCAUUCAGGAGGAUCCAGCAAUGUGUCAUCUGUUUUGAUCCUUGCAAUCCAGCUAGAGAUUGUCCCAGAUCCAGCGAAGUGUCCACUUCAAAGGAGGUAGAUGUGGACCUGGCGUUGCUGGUGGAUGGUUCCAGGAGCAUCCAGGCAGAUCAGUAUGAGGGAGUGAAGCAGGUGUUGGGCACUGUGUUGGACCAGCUUGUAGUGAGUGGUCAGCCCAGCAAAGCUGACAGACAGGCGAGGGUGGCGCUUUACCAGCAGAGUUCAUCAUACAGUGAGGCCCAGGCUCCAGUCAAGCAGAUCUUCACUUUCCAGCAGUUCCAAAACCGCAAGCUGAUGAAGCAGAGCAUCUUCAAAAAUCUACAGCAGACUGGUAGCUACUCUAGGAUGGGUCACGCCAUGGAAUUCGUAAUGCAGGGCCUUCUCACUGUUCCCAAGCCUCGAAAAAACAAGAUGGUGCUGCUUAUAGUUGGAGGAGAGACAGAAUAUUCUGAUAGAGCAAAACUGGACUUUAUCUCCAUGAAAGCAAAGUGUCAGGGUGUGGUGCUUUUCACUCUUACAGUCGGGGAUCAUUUCAACAGCACUCAGGUGGAGAUGCUUGCCAGCUUUCCCACAGAGCAGCACAUAGUUCACUUGGGCCAUGUAAAGCAAGGAGAGCAGGAGUACUGUCGGCGCUUUAUGAGGACUUUCCUACACAUUCUGAGUCGAGAAUUGAAUACCUACCCUUCUCCACUGCUUAGACAACAGUGUGAAAGUCUUCAGCAACAAGGUAAAAUCCGGGGCCUUGAUGUCCUUGAGGCUACUGAGAGAUCACCCAUUGAAAGGAUUCCUCUACCAACGUUCACUUACCCUGAGGAUACAGAGAAAGAAGAAGAGGAAGAGAAGGAAGAAUACAAAGAACAGUUAGGGACACUGGAGCAGACUGCAUAUGAAAAUUGGGACGUGCCGACCUCAAGACAUGGAGAUUCAAAUGAUGUAUGCUACCUGAAAAAAGAUGAUGGGCCCUGCAGAAAUUAUAUACUCAAAUGGUUCUAUAAUCAAGAGCAGAAUGAAUGCUCUCGCUUCUGGUAUGGAGGAUGCGAUGGGAACCUUAACAGAUUUGACACUAAAAAGGAUUGUGAAGCCCGCUGUGGGGAGCUUCAUACUGUACAGUGACUCUUUCAAAACACUCCAUACACUAUACACCAAACACUAAUACAUAACAAGUUACCCUCAUACUUCUUCUCAGUUUUUAUAUAAAACGAUGACACAGUAGGAUAUGAACAAUGCUUUUGUGUCCAUUCCAUGUUCUUCACCAAAGGAAAAAGUAAAUAAAAAUGUUCAACCAAUGAUUUUUCAGUAGAUGGAAUGCAAAACAUAAAUUAAAAGAGUAAAUGCCAGUUAUUCAAAAAAGGAUGCAUUUUAUAUAAUGGGUUUUUGUUUGUUUGUUUGUUUUCUUUUCUUUCUUUUUUUUUUUUAAAAAACGUAACAUAGCACUGUCAUUUUUGUUUUAGAUUCCACAAUUAAAAUUUCCCUCUUGCUCAAUGUUUUGAAUGUUGUUUUUUGGUUGCGUUGUUCGCAUGGUCCAAAAUGAGUUUCAAAAUGGCCAAUGAAAAUAUUUCACUUAAACCAAAGAGCUAUCAAUACAAAAGAGUCAGAUGGUUGUUGACUAUGCUUGAGCUACAACCUUGCAUCAAAAUUCUUACACAAUAAUAGUAUAAUAGUAAUUCCCAUCCAUUUAUAGCUAAUUCAUUAAUAUCUGAUCAAUUCUCAACAUGCCUUUCCAUAAAUACUUUGUUUUGACUUUGUAAUUGUUUUAUAUGUGAACCGUACACUACAAUUACUAUCAUCCCAAGUGCUAUGACUAUCAUUAAAAAAAUGAUUAUAAGAAAGUGAGUGGCAUCUGUUAAAACCAAGCAGGACUCUCCAUAAGUAAGAUGUACCUACAUAUACAUUUACAUUUAUCUCAUUAUCCUUGUAUCGAGAGGGAGUUACAGAAGUACUUUAAAGUUUCUAUCAAUAAACAUGUCAUACUGGGUCACUAAGUCAGGAACUAAGAGUACUAUCAGUCUAAAAACCCUGUUGGGGAGGUUAGUAUUGUAUGAAAAAGAGCAUAAGGAUUUUUUUAAGUAACAAAGUGCUAAUUUAAGUACUUCAUAAAGAGGUAGAUGUUUAGUCACCAUUUGGAGACAGCCAGUGAUUCAGCUGGAGUUCAUUAGCAGGACCUUGGUGCUAGAAGGGUCCAACCGAGCAGUGCUAGAGGCUCAAAGGGAGCAUGGUGCAGUGUGAGAUGUGAUAAGUGCUUAAAGGUAGGUGGGUGCUGGUCCAUUUUUGGCUUUGUAGGCAAGCAUCAGUGUUUUAAAUCUGAUUCGGGCAGCUACAGGAAGCCAGUGGAGGGAGCGCAGUAAUGGGUGGUGUGCGAGAACUUGGAAAGGUUGAAAACAAGUCAUGCAGCUGCGUUCUGGAUCAGUUGCAGAAGUGAAAUGCUGUGCAGAGGCAGACCUACCAGAAGAAGGCUGAAAAAGCAACUGAAUAGCAUCACUGUGGAUAGAAAUGAGCGAAUCUUCUUGAUGUUGUUGGAGGGUGUACCUAACUCAGAAAAGAACUAUAAUAGGUGAGAUUACAUACUAGUCAUGCAAACUAUGUUCAAACUUUCUAAUGGAACAGCAACAACUUUUUUUGACACUGUAUUUUCUAAUAAGUCUUAUGCCAGACGGCUGGUGUAUAUAAUAUUUCAGGCAGAACAAUGUUUGUCACAUCAGUUAAGGUUUGAUCAACCAUUGAAAUGGCAAAGUAGAUGACUAUGAAUUUGGCAUGAUAAUUAAUGUUAGGUGUGCUUAAUUUAAAAAAAAAAAUGAUUCUGUGAAUGACAAUGGAUGGUGGACCAGAAAGUUACAUGAAAACAGAUGGGCCAUAACCAGGCAGAUCACAUCCCAAUACAACUUUAGUUUCGUUUCAGGAGUACAGCUGGUUCAUUGUAGUGUGAUCAUGUGAGGACAAGUUUUUAAUGCUUCAGUGGUAGGCACAGUUCCAAGAUCUCAACCCUCAACCCACUGUCAUGUGAUAUAACAUUUCUGCAUACUAUAUCCAUGCAUGAUGUAGACUUCAUGCAGAUUAUACUACAGACUUGUAAGCAUAUGCUGAAUCUCUUGAUAGGAGCAGAGCCCACAGAGUGAACCUCAUUGUUUUCUUGUGAAAUGCAGUGAGACAUUGCAACUUGCCAAUCAAAAUGAAAAUGUUGUUUGUGUACGUUAAUUUAAUGAGAUCUAGGUGGACCAACGGCUAACCAAGUCACAUUUAAUUUCUCAGAUCUGAUUAAAAGUAAGGAAGAGGCAAUUAGAAGCAAUUAGUAUACUACAGGCAGUUGUGUCACAUCAGUGUUGAUAAAAUAUGUUUUGAAUAAAACUGCUCGACUGUGCCCUGACUGCAUGUUUCCUAUUUGGUUUCCUUUUAGGAUGCUAGUUAAUUAGUCCCAUAUGUGCUUGUUAACUUUUCAGUUUUCUAUUUGUUUGGCAAAGUAAAGCAAGUGUAUUUAGGUUAUUUUCUGUAGUCCUGCCAUUUCUAUUUCUGUGGAAAUACAUUAAGGGAUAGAAUUAUAAUCAUGAGAUCAAAACAACACACACACAUCAAAAAACAGAAUGAAUCUGUGAAUGUUCGUGUCCCAUGCGGGGUGAAUUCGCCCAGCAUUACUGGGAUAGGAUAGGCUCUCCAUCCACUGUGACCCUGAACAGGAUAAAGUGGUUACUAAAAGUGAGUAAGCGUGUGAAUGAAUGUAAUGCUUUUAAAAGAAAAGAAAAAAAAAAAAAAAACAAAGAUUAUUGCUUCCAGAAAAAAAGCAUUCUUGGGAGAACAACUUCCCUAAUGUAUACAGUAUAAUAUUAUACUUUGUGCUAAAUAUCUCUAUUCCAAUUAUGAGACUAUGAAUUACACCUGUUACAGUAAUUUAACUGCAAACACUAACUGCAGUAAUUUAGUUGGUUAUCACCUUAAAAUCCUUAACAGAAGUACUAUUAUGUUUGCUGCAAUGCUUCAUCUUAAAAAAUUCAUCACAUUAAUUUAACAGAUCAAAAUAAUAUCAACACCAUUAUCAUGCCACUCUUUGUGUUUGAAUGCUAAUUUCCACACUUCAAAUCUAAUGCUUGUUUGUGGAAGUAUGACAAUUUGAUAACGCACGUACUGCAUUUAGAAACUUUAGGCCACCACAUUGUUCAAAUAGUAAAUAAACUACCACAGGGGGAAAGAUAUCUGUUAGUCAGUGUUUUAUCCAGUUAACUUUAAAAAAAGAUAUCAGCGAUUUUGAACUCGGAAGUGAGUAGCACUGAUCCUCUUCUUUUCCAAUCAUUUUGUAGAAUCGUCAGACUUUCAUUUCGUUUUUUAAUUUUCUGCCAACUCGUGAACAUUUUCACAUUAUUUGCAAGUAUGAAGACAACCACCUGUGACCACCCUUCCAUGAUUACCUUACAUAUAUUCAUGUAUAAACGAUGCCAUUGUCAGUUCCCACGCAAUCAUCAGUUCUCCGCUAUCGCAGAACAGCUAUCAGCUGGGAAGGUCACAUCUUUUCAACUCACAGGGCACCUGUUUUGUUUUAGAUUCCAAAUGAAAA